GAAUCCGAGCCAAGGCAGCGCUGGAUUCUCCUUUAAGCGUACAAAAUAAAUUACCUGGAAAGGUAGAAAAAUCAUUUCCCAUUUAUAAAUAAUUGCUUACGCUGAUUUAGGCUUUUUUAAUUUUCUCUUCAAAAUUUACAUCCAAAACACUCACUUCAAACUCUCCUCUCCUCUCCCCCUCUUCUCUCAAAUAAAAACCCUAAACACACUCUCCAUCUCCUCUUAAAUCCCCAAAUCUCGCACCCCAAAUCUUGUUUUUAUCCCCUUGAUUCGUCCUUUCAGGUGGAUUUCUCGGGUUUCAAUGGUAUGAGAUUCAAGCCUCAGUCUCAGAUUUCCAAGGAUCUGUAGAUAUAAGUUAUUAUAUCUUUAUAUAUUUAGCCACAAAUCACAUAAACAAUGGCGUCGUCGGAUAAAGAGCUCGAGCUACAGCUUAUGGAAGCUGGGACUAAGCUUGUUAACCCUCCUUCUUCGGUCGAUGAACUUCUUCCUCUUCUCGACCAAGUCGAGAAUUGUUUAUCAAAAGUGGAGCAGUCCCCUACAAAAUCAAUGCAAAGUGCACUUACCCCAUCUCUGAAAGCACUGGUAGCAGAGCAACUUUUUAAGCAUGCUGAUGUUGAUGUGAAAGUAGCGGUUGCCUCUUGCAUUAGUGAAAUAACCAGAAUAACCGCUCCAGAUGCUCCUUAUGAUGAUGAUCAGAUGAAGGAUGUUUUUCAGCUGAUUGUAUCAUCAUUUGAAAAUCUAGCUGACAAGUCUAGUCGAUCGUAUGGUAAAAGGACUUUGAUUCUUGAAACUGUUGCAAAAGUUCGGUCAUGUGUGGUGAUGUUGGAUCUUGAGUGUGAUGCUCUGAUAAUUGAGAUGUUCCAGCAUUUCCUUAAUGCUAUAAGGGAUGAUCACUCAGACAAUAUUUUUUCAUCCAUGGAGACCAUUAUGACCCUUGUCUUAGAAGAAAGUGAAGACAUCUCUCUAGAACUUCUUUCUCCUCUUUUAGCCAGUGUGAAAAGGGGCAAUGAGGAAGUUCUAUCUGUCGCAUGUAAGUUGGGAGAAAAAGUACUUGAAAGUUGUGCUACCAAAGUUAAGCCUUACUUGCAACAUGCUGUGAAAUCUUUGGGUAUUUCUUUAGAAGAUUACAGUGAAAUAGUUGCCUCUAUUUGCCAAUCUGGAACUGUUGAACAAAAUGAUGCUCAUGCUGCUGAUGAAAAUAAAGUUGAACAAAGCAAACCAGCUGGAGUAUCAUCAGAUGAGGAUGAUAAAGAUAUAGCAGCUGAAGCAGGUUCUCCUAAACAAGCUGAUCCUAUAAAUGACAAAUCUCCCAAAUCAAUUGUGAGCAAUGGUAUUGCACAGACUGGUGAAGAUGACUCCUUGGCAGAUUCGUGUUCCUUAAAGAAGCAAGAUGAUGGUAAUCAUGCUGAUAAGUCAAAAAGUAUUGACAUGUCAAACAAUACUGAGACUGAGAAGGCAGUUAAUGAGGAAAGCAAGCCAGCACAGGCAACCAAAAAGAGAGGGAGGAAACUUAAUUCGUCAACAAAGUUGACAGAACCAUCUGAGAGUUCUCAUAUUGUUGCUGAGAGGGAAGCUGAGAAACUACUGGAUGAUAAAACUCAUGGCAAGAAUGUUCCUGGUUCACCGCACGAGGAACCAUCUGUUGAGGCAGCUGUGUCUUCAGAAAAUAGAAAAGAAGCUGGUAGUAGUCAGCCUUCCUCCCCCAAGGCAUUAGAGGGCGAGUCCAUGACUGCUGCUUCUCCAUCUGGAAGCGGAAGCCUCCUUGAUGAAAGUCUUUCCAAGAAGGCUGGGAGAUCAAAGAAGAAAGAGAGCUUGAUCAAAGAGUCUGAACCAUCUGCUGAUGAUGUUCCCAGAAAGGCAUCUGAAGGAGCUAGUGAUUCAGAAGCAAAACUAAAUAAGCGAUCAGCAAGAAGGGCACAUGCUAGGGUUUCCAAUGAGGAAAAGGCACCAAUGGCAACAGAUGCAUCCAAGAAGGAAAGCCGCACUACAAGUGAAUCAGAGGCAAAACCACUGAAGCAGUCUUCAAAGAAGGUGGAUGCAAGCAGUAACAAUGGUGAUGAAUCCUCUUUAAUUCAGUCUCAGGAUAAGAAACAUCACAGUCGUGGAAAAUCCAUUACAGAAAAGAUUGUGAUCAAAAGUUCAACCAAAGAUGAUAACAUGGAAAAGGUAUCUUCACCAAAGUCAGCAACAAAAUUACCAAAAGAUGAGCAUCAAUUGGAGGAGACCCCCAAUGUCAACAGCAAGAGGAAGCGUGCCUCAGGCAAUGAAAAGGCAUCUAGGACUAGAGAAUACAACGCUAGUCUGGUUGAUUUGAGGGUUAAAGUUUGGUGGCCUAUAGAUCAAACAUUUUAUGAAGGUGUAAUACGUUCUUAUGAUCCUGUUAAAAAGAAGCAUGAGGUUGCCUAUGAUGAUGGGGAUACAGAAGUGUUGAAUCUUAAGAGGCAAAAGUGGGAAAUUGUUGGAGAGGAGUCUGCACCAAAUGAGGGAGAAGCAUCUGAUCCCGAAACUUCGGAUGUUCCUUCUGAAAUGCCUCCGAAGAAGAAAACAAAAACAAAUACUGAUCAGUCAACGAAACAAGGAAAGGUGGAUGCUUCUCCAUUGAGGGGUGGUGGAGUUUCCUCCAGAAAAUCCAAGAGUGCAGCAACGAAGUCUGGACGAAAAUCAAAGGAAGUGGAUAAAAUGGAUGGCAAAUCAAUGGAUGAUUCAAAAACUGUUAAAAAAGCCGAGGAUGAUAAUGCUGCCAUAAUUAAAAGUGGAAGUAAAUCUGCUGAUGUUACUUCAAAAACAGGCAGCAAAUCAAAGAAUGAUGACAUCACGCCAUCCAAGACUGGAAAGUCCAAAGAGGAAGAGAUGAGGACACCCAAAACCUCCAAGUCCAAGCAAGAAACCGUGAAGUCUGGCAAAUCCAAGCAAGAUACCCCAAAGAUUAGCUCUAAUGCCAAGGGUAAAUCCCCAAAAAGUGGUGGCAAAUCUAGUGUUAAUGUUACUGAAAAGUUGAAAUCUGGUUCAUCAAAGGUGAAAGAAGUCGACGAUAAUAAGGAGAACCCAACAGAUUCUGGAAAACCACAAGAAAGCGUGAAAGGGAAAUCUCUAAGCUCAACCAAAGGACAGGGAAGUGAGGUGAAGAGUGGAAAAAAGCGGCGAAGAGUUUAAACUCUUAUGGUCUAUCGUAACUGCUACAUAUGCCUUUUGUUGCUGCUUUCUUUGAUGCGUGAGCGCCACAUUCAGAGAGAGUAAGCCAUUGAUUGUGUAAUUUUUGUCAUCUUUUGACAAUUGUUGUCAUCUUUUGACAUAAUUCCUAGGUUGUGGCUAGCAUGGUUAUGUCAAACAGUUAUAGUCUUAGUCUACAGUGGUUGUAGGUUAGUUUUUUAACUAUUGUUUCUAGAUGGAAUUUUAUGUUAUUUGGGAGUGGCAGUAGAAUACGUUGGGUUAGCUUUGUUAAAUAGAUAUGCUUUUAUAGAUAAGUCAUAGAUUAACGAUCA